GGAUUUCUGGUUUAGAUUAUCAUAUUUUUUUUAUUUAUUUGAAGUUUUCUGAAUUUGGACUUUUCUAAACUCAAGGUGCUUUAACAUUUAGAAUUUAAUCUGAAAAUGCGAGAUUAUAAUAUAUAUAUAUUUCAAUUUAAUCUAUUGAGUUUAGUUGAAAAUUUGUGGAAUUAUGUAUUACUUGCUUUAUUUUUUUAAUAGCUUAUACUGUUAGUGAAUUAGAUAGAUUUACUCCUGUUAUACCUAUAUCUAAGUUGAAAUUAUAUAUGCCUUUGCAUUCCAAAUAUGAAAAAUUGGAAAUUAGGCAUAGCCUAUUGAAAUUGGUGUUUUGAUAUGAAUGUGUUAUGCUUCUAUUUGUGCAAAUCUGUAUCGUACCAUGGUAGGAUAUUCAACAUUUGAGUUUGUGUUGAACAAAUAUGCAAUGGAAGUGCUUUGUAGAAUUAUCAAAGGAAUUCUCACCAAUAAGGUUUGUUUUACAUGAUUUUUUUAUGUGCAAUUGUUUUUACUAUCAAAUUCAUGCUCAUAUUUUAGUUUAAUAGCUUUUCAUUUUUGAGAUGGUUAUAAUGGGGGUUUUAUUCUACCAAUCAAUUGGUGGGUCUUUUUUUUGGUCCUUUUUCAUUUUCUGCUUUUUUUUUUCUGGUUUUGUAAUGGUGAAUGCAGUAUGAUUGAUGGUUUUGCAGGGGAAGUUCUAUUAAUAGGUAUUUACAAUGGAAGAGUGGUAAGGUUUGGAGCAAGUCAUUUUCCGCUGGGGAUGAUUCUUGUAAUUCUUGUUCUGAAUUGGAGGUAAUUUGCAAUAGAAAAUUUUCCCUUUCUUAUGUUUUUGUCCCCCCAAAACGAUGGAGAUUGCAAGAAGUAAGGGUUUUUGAACUCGUUUUUAGUCUUCGAAUUUACAUCACUCUCGCUCCUCGUCUUUAUAAAUCUUAAGCUUAUCGAGGGUUGAUUUGAUGUAUUCUAUUAGGAAGCAAAGAAGCAUCGGCAUAACAAUAGACUUUUAAGGGGAGACAUAUGAAAACAUGAAACACAUUGUUAUGAUAUGAUAGUCUUGACAGAUGGCAGUCGAAUUCUUGGCCUUGGUGACCUUGGAGUUCACGGGAUCGGAAUACCAAUAGGAAAACUUGAUAUGUCUGUUGCGGCUGCUGGUCUCAACCCACAAAGAACCGUCUUUGAGAACAGUUUGAUGCAACAUCAUGUUGCCCUUCCUCCUAAUGCAAUGGGAAAAAUCACUUACAUAGCUUCCCCUGGUCAAUAUUCAUUGAAGUAUACUGUGCUGGAACUUGAGUUUCAAGGUGUCAAAAAGCAAUUCACCAUGCUUCAGGUUGGCUGCUUACAACUUUCACUUAUUUGGAGGAUCAACAGACGAUUUUCUCGAACUAAGGAGGAGCUCAAGGGACUUAUAUGCCGCUUAUACCACUCUAAUAUACCCAUCAUAUCAAGUGUCGGGAGGCUUGUUCAUAUUGAUUUUGGUUUCAUCUUGGAAACAUCACCUGGUGGAAAUAUGCGGUUCGAGAGUGCACAUUUCAAGUUGAGCCAUGAGAUGACUCAAUUACUAGAUCCAUCGGGAGUUAUGAAAAGUGAAACCUGGGACAACUUUGUAAGUGCUUGUGUUCAGUUGCUGAGGAAAUUGCAAGGUCAGGAGGGGGAUAUAGCGGGAGAAGAAGCAUCAAUGACAGCAAAUAAAAUUUUUCAGCUCUUCACUCAGGUUUCUUUUUUACUUGAACUUGUACACACGCACAUAUCACCUUAUGCAAAAGACACUCUAAUAGCCCUUCUUUCAGAUCAUUGAGUCCCUUUCAGCUAUUCCAUCCCCUGAACUUGCAUUAAGGUUGUAGCUGCAAUGUGCUGAGGUAAUCUUGAGUCUUGACUUAAACCAACUCUGCAUAACAGUCAUUGGUUAAAUAGUGAAUUGAACCCUGAAAAUUAUUUUAGAUGAUAACAAAUUUUAUUGAACUUCAAGAGAUGCCAUUUUUCUAAUUGAUAGUUGGGAAAAGGCAUACUGAGAUAAAUAAUGUUGCUCAUGAGAGUGCAAGGUUUCUGAUGGAACAGGUGCUUACAAGAAUAAAUAGCUUUAUUUGUGACAUUCUUAGGGCUGUUACCAAUGUUCCAUUAAUUUAUUAUGUUGAUUCCAGGCAUUAGGGAUCAAUAAUUUUAUUUUAAGAUGAUACGAAGGGGGUGCUAUCAUCAUAAACCCUGAUAGUGUGGCGGAUGCUUUCCUUGCCAGCACCUUUCCUUGCCAGCACCUUGCGUUACAUUCAGUUCCAAAAACAAAAAGGCAGUGUAGUGGGUGAGAAAUUCGAUUCCGUUAAACUGUAAAUUGUUGACUCAUGUAAAGAAGUAAUGCAUGGCAGUUAGAGAUGUAAAUAGGCGUUUAUUCUGGAUUUGGAUUUCAUAUUUGCUUGAUUAUAUCUUUUAUUAAACUGUAAGUUAUUGAGUCAUGUAAAUUGUAUUAUAUCUUUUAUUACCAAGACUUAUUUGAUUAAGAAAAUGUAUUGUAUUUUUU